AUGGUUGACGAAUGGAUAUGUUCAUCGACAUCGGCAAAUGACAGCGGUGUCUCGACUAUUGAUUCGACAUGUUCGGUUCAAUUGCAAUUACAUUCGCCAAAACAUAAGGAUUCAUUUGCGGAGGUGAGCUAUUUUGAAAUCUGGAAUGUGGUUAGGUAAAUUGUAGAAUAGAUUUUUAUAAAGUGGGCGGUCUUCUAGCAAAAUUUUGAAAUUUCAAGAGCAAUUUUUGUUUUUUAUUUUUUUUGUAAUAAGAUUUUCACCGUAAUUUUCAUUAGCGCUUACAUUUAGUUGAGCUAACUAUAGUAGAUCAGUUUUCAGUGAACCAUAGGCUAAACUAGAUUCUAGAAGUGUGCCAAUUUUAAAAUUUGCGAUAAUUUCAGAAAAGUUCUCAUUCAAUUUUCUUUGAAAAGUUUUUUUUUUGAAAAUUGUGUGAAAAUUUAGAAAGUUUCCGUGGUUUCUAGAACUCUAAAAUCCAUGGUGUAGAUAAUUUUCUAGUUGAAUCAAACUAGAUUCAUUAAGUGAGAUUCUAAAUAAUACAUGAUUUGUUGGAGACUGAUUUUUGAAUGUUGAGCUAGCAGAUCAUAGUAGAUUCAUUUUGUGGCUUGAAACAUUUCAGGAUAAUUUCAGAAAUUUUUGAGAAUUUUCCCACUUAAUUUUAUGAAAUUUUUGAAUAUUUUCUAGAAUCCUUUAGUUUUUUACUAACUCAAUGUUAGAAUCUUGAGAAAAAUUUUCCAGAAUCAACCAAUUUUCUUCCCUUUCUCUAUUUCAAAAAAAAAAAGCAUUCCAACCUCGAAUUUUCUUUGAGAUAUGAGAAUGUGAAAAAUAAUAAUAAUAGGUUUCAACAAAAUUGUCUUAUUCUCUUCUCUUCUUCAUAUGUCAUUUUGAAUCACUUUCAACAAAAAAACAUGAUUUUCUCGGGAAAAAAUAAAAAUUCAAGGAUUCACACUAGACUUUUGUGAAUUUUCGUAUACAAAGUGAGAAGAAGUAAUGUGAUUUGCGCGUCUCAUUAGAUAUUCAAAACAAGUAGGAAGUGGCGGACGACAACAAAUCUAUUCUUUGUAUUUUCACUCCUCAUCUUUGAGCCAUUCACCUCAUUUUACUUUACUUUACUCAAAUCAGAGGUUUUUUUGUAGAAUAUGUAACUUAUGCUAACUCAUUUUCAAGAAACGCCUUUUCAUUAAAGUUCCAAACUAAAAUUACAGAUUCUCAAAAAACAUUGUUUGAGAAUUUAGCCCCCACUUCACUAAAAUCCUCUUCAAAAAUCUUGAAUUUUUAUUUUUUUUCAUAAACACUUCCACUUCCUUUUGUUAUUUUUUAUGCUUUAUGUUGCUGUGCCACCAGAAAAACGUUUUUUUCCGAAGAAGAACAAAAAAAUUGGCUAGGCUAGACCAACCAGAAACCGAUUGUUCAAUUUUCGGUUUGUUGUAGAAUGUCAAAGGUCUCAUGAGACAUAUAUAAACAACAUUGAGAGUAGAAAAAAGCCGGAAGACGUUUGGUUUUUUUUGCUUUGGGCUCUGACUUAUUGGAGACUUGUAGUAUUCAUAAUAUUCAUAUUCGCUAAGCUGAAAAUGUUUCAGAUUCUGAUGAAUGAACAUAAUAAUAAUGUUUCGACGCAAAUUGAUGUUGUCAAGUUGUUGGAACUUAAAUCGACUGAUGAAGAUGAUGAAGAUCAACAUUCGAAUUCAAGUAGCUUGGAAUCUAUCAACUCUUUGACAAAUCAUCAAGGUAACGGGGUUUAAUAGAAGUUUGGAAGGAGCUCUGAGUGCUGAAAAUUUCACAAAAAGAAUUUUCAGAAUGUUGAAAUUUUCAGCACAAAAAAUUUCAAAUUUUUUGUAACCGAGGUCAUUUUUGUUCUCUAGUUUACGUCAAAAAAGUGCUUUACAAAUAUUUCAGAAGUCGUACAGUUUUUUUCUGUAAAAAUAUAUUGAUUUUCUGAUGUAAAAUUUUACACUCCACAUUUUUUUUGCAAAAAUUCUUGCUGUACGAAUUUUUUAUAAUAUUUUUAGAUAAAAAAAUAGUUCCUUGAAGUUCCAAAAUUCCAAAAAAAAGGAGCAACACUCAAAUUUUAAUCCUCACAGGAGGCGUUCGACCUUUUCCUUUUUUUCGCGAUUUUUUUCUUCAUAAAUCGUAGAUAACCCCCAUUUUUCAACCUCACUCAAGUAUACUUUUUAUUUUUUUAGGAAGUCAGGAACGCGAAGAGGAAGACGACACUGAUUCUGGCUCAACUUCUUGUUCUGAAGAUUCGUUUGAAAUGUCGAGUGCUUGCAGUAUAAAACAGUUGAAUGGUGAGUGAAACUGUGAAUUUUUGGGUUGAAAAGAAGUUUAUAAAUAGAGUUUUAGGGGUUCUCUAGGGUUUUUUCGAGGAAGCAGUUUUGACGUAAUUAGCAGAGAUAAUUUCAAGAGCACUGUAAUUCACAAGGGUGAUAUGAGAAAAUUAGAGAAAUAAUUUCUGAAAACAUAGUUCAUAAAAAUUUUCAGACGGAUUUUCGAGAGAUUCAAGAGAAACAACUUGUGAAUCCCUAAGCGAAAUGAAUGUGGCAGCAUCAAAUCGCACUUUGAAUCAAUGUGGUUUUGAGUAAGUUUUUCAUUUUCUAUUUGCCCAUUUGCACUCUCUCUUUUUUUAAUAACACAAAAAGCCGUCCUUUUAUUCAUUUCUAUAUAUUCUUUUUCAUAUCAAACUCUGAUGUGGUGUGGUUUUGUUUUUAGCCGAAUAUUAUAUGAAGCACAAAAAGAAGAGGGCAUAGAAAGAAUGUAUAAAAGAAUAGAAAGAAAUAAUGAUAAUAAUAUAUUCUUCAUCUUUUUUUUAGACGAUGCAAACCUUCUUCCUCAUAUUCGGUUGAUUCAUUCAUUGCGGCUGCAAAAAAAGCGGCGGCGGCAAACACUUCAACAACAAAUCAUUUGGCACCUACAACUAGUACGGCUACAACUUCGGCUUUUGAAAAGAUUCGACAUCGGGUUGCGAAUCAGAUUGAACAACUUGAUACUGGUAAGAUUUUGGAAUUCACAAAACUUUGGGGGUUUUUUAAUCGAGGAUUCUAGAGAAGUUAGUGUAUUUUUUCGAAAAUAUGAGGGUCCAACAAAAAAUCAAUACAUUUUUGUUUUCAAAUUAUUUUGUUGCUCCAGAGGCUUAGGGGAAUUCUGGAAUUCAGUUAAUUUUUUUUCAAAAUCUGGAAUUUUCUGAAAGUUCUAUAUUUUCAAAACCCACAAAUUAGUUCUUAUUUAUUUUCAGGAUUACCCAAUCUGGACUUCGACAAACUCGAAAAGCAACUAGCAUCAGCAGCCCAAGAAAGAGAAGAUCUCGAACGACGUAUGCUUGGAGAAGAGGUAGAGUAUUGAAUUUCGCCCCUUCUUCAUUCGAAAUUAUUUUCAUUUCAAAAAAAAAAAAACCAACAAAUUUGUCCCACGCAUUUUCCACCAUCAUUAGAGGCCAAAUUAGCACGAUUUCGUUUUUUUCAUCAAAAACUUUUUUUUCUUGCUGAAAUUCGAAAUUAGAUUCGUUAUUAUUCUUGAUUAAUGGAAAUGUUGCGCUUUCUCAUGUAAAAUUCAUAGAUUCUCGUUUUUACUCCACAUACAUUUUCACUAAUGAAAUGUGGAAAAAAUGAAAAAAUACAGAAAAAUUAUUUUAUUAGAGACAACAUAAAAUUAAGAGAAUAGAUACCAAACUUUUUGUCUGUACUCUCUCAAGUUCACGUAGUCUCUAAUGAAUUUCUUAAAUUUGUUUUCGAAUUUCUGAAUAGAGUUUUGCCCUUCUUUUCCUCAGUAGCUCCAAGAUUCCCUGAACCCCCAUAAUUCUGAAAAUGUUCCAGGUCCGUCGUCGAUUGGCAAUGCAAGUCGAAACACAUAAUGGUCCGUCACCUCAAGUUUACACCCGACCGCAUAGAUCAAAUCUGGCUCUUCGUCUUCAAACUGCCAUGAAUCUUCAGGUUUAUAAUUGAAUAACAACAAAAAAAUGGAAAAACAACAAAAGAUUUCCGCUCUUUUUCUUGUUGUUGUUGUUGUUUUUUCAUUUUUAACUUUGCAUUUUCAUUUUAAUCUUCAUUUUUUUUGCAGGUUUGUUAUAUGAAUGAGAUGAGUGAAAGCGAGACGGAAAAUGAAUUCGACGAUGAUUCUGAAGACGACGAUUCUGACAAUGAUUUCUUUGUUCGAAAAAGCAAAUCUGAACCGAAUUUGAAAUCAGCGGCAUCGACCAAAGAAGCUCAACAAGUCAAAAAUAUAACUGAUCGAUUGGCAAAAUCAAAUGUGUCAUUAACAUGUGAAGAACGAAAUCUUCUACUCAAACAUGAAACUAAACGGGUACUUUUAAUUGCGAAAAAUAAAGCUGAAGAUAAGCUAAGUGACUAUAGAAGGUUUGUUGGAAUUUUGGGGAGAAGGUGACAUAAUUUUAUUUAUGAAUUUUUCCAGAGGUAAAUCAAAAGCUAGUGAUGUUCCUCGCCAAGCUCGACAAUAUUUGAGCAAAACUAAAUUGAAAGAUAUUGAAGCGAUUCGGGAUCUUAUUGAAAAUGCAAUAGCGAGUGAGUUUUUUUGAUCUACAGUGUUUGAAAAAUAAAUGUUUCUGUUUUUUUCCAGAAAAAAAUAUGGAAUUAGUACAAUUAUUAUUGGAGCGAGACAGUUUACAUAUGGAACAUGAUUCAUUACGUGUAGAUAUUGAUGAUUUCACUCAACACGACCAACAAGUAAGUAGAUUUCUUGAUUGAUUGAUAACAACCACACCCAAACCCUCAUUCAUAAACGUGUUUUCUUUUCAGUCUGCUUCAUUGAACUUCCAACAUUUCAUGAAUCUUCAAAAAACAAUUGGUGAAAAAGAUGAAAUUGUUGAGCGAAUCAAAUUACCCAAAAAAGGAUAUGCCGAACCAAUCGAAUCAAAAAAGUUGAAACCUAGCACACCUCAAAAAUUAACACCUGUAACCCCAUUGACCACCCCGACAUCACCAACACUUUCAUUCGCAUCAGUUAUACCAAACUCGUUUAGUAUUUCGUCUUUAUUUAAAAGAUAA